AUGGUUGUAUUGGUCAUAUCGUUCGAAUGUCAGAAUCCAGCUAUUGCAGCACCGGCUCCAGAACCAGCACCAGUGCCAAGUGGAAGGUGUCCUUGCUGUUCCGGUGCAUGCCCUCAAUGUCCUCGGUGUUGUGGAUGCCGUGGAUGUCGAGGUGGAGACUGUUGUGGAGGAUGUUGCAGUAAGCGUCGCACUAUCAACGCGAACUUGGAAGAUAUAAUUGCUGGCAAGGUCAAGCUCUGA